AUGGUCUAACUGUAACAGCUUUCAGAUGUCUUGUUACAGAAUACAUGUCUGUUUUACCACAGUUUCUAGACACCUACCACAACUAUGUGGUCAGAAAACGCUGCACCGCUUCAUAGAGCAAAAGUAGAUGACUCCUUCACACCCAUAAUGACCUAGUCAAAUAAUUCCUGAAAAGGAUGUGAAGAUGCCGCAUUCUGUCAACUCCUUCUCGACUGACACUCUCAUCUCGAAAACCUUCCCUUUGGACUUCUUCUCUACCAGCGCAUGGCCUACGGAGCCAUACGCAGCAGACGGCUUCACCGCCAGCGCCAGCAACAUCAGCAACAUCAGCAACAUCAGCAACAUCAGCAACAUCGGCAACAUCGGCGGGCUAGACGUCCUUCGCUGCACCUAUAAGGAAGACUUUAAACGUAUUUUACUCCCCGCUGUGUACACUUUUGUCUUCUUGCUCGGGCUUCCCCUCAAUGCCGCUGUCAUACUAAAGAUAUGGAGGACUCGGCCCAAUCUGUCCAAAAACAACAUAUAUAUGCUCAACUUGGCCAUUGCCGACUUCCUAUAUGUGAUGUCUCUUCCUAUGCUCAUCUACAACUACGGCAGUCACGACUACUGGCCCUUUGGGGAGUUUGCCUGUAAAUGGGUCAGGUUUCAGUUCUACAGUAAUCUGCAUGGCAGCAUCCUCUUCCUCACCUGCAUCAGUCUGCAGCGCUAUGUGGGCAUUUGCCAUCCUAUGGCGAUGUGGCACAAGAAAGGAGGUCGCAGGUUGGCGUGGUAUGUCUGUGGAGGGGUGUGGCUGGUCGUCGUCGCCCUGUGCGCGCCAACAUUUCACUUUGCUGCGACAGGAAUCCAGCGAAACAACACGGUGUGUUAUGAUUUAAGUACGCCAAAGAAUUCAGUAGACUAUUAUCCUUACGGCAUAGCUCUGACCUGCCUCGGCUUCUUGUUGCCUUUCGUGGGCGUGAUGGUGUGCUACUGUCGGAUGGCCCAGAUCCUUUGCCGCCCGUUUUCCUACCAAGGUGUCUCCAAGGCGACCGGGGAGAAACGGGACAAGGCGGUAAGGAUGAUUAUUGUUGUGGCAGUGGUGUUCUGCAUAAGCUUCCUGCCGUUUCACAUCACCAAGACCAUGUACCUGGUGGUGCGUACUCUGCCUGGUGUGCCCUGUGAGACCAGAAACUUAUUCUCAAUCAUCUAUAAAAGCACCAGGCCGUUUGCCAGCAUGAACAGCUUUCUGGACCCCAUUCUGUUUUACUUCACCCAGCCACGCUACCGCCGGAGCACCAGAAGGUUUAUGCUCAAAGUCACCACCCUCAGGGACAAGGGCACCAGAGUGUGAGACUACACUAUUCUGCAACAGUGUUAAUUAAAGCCUUGCUGCUUUGCCACCGGUGGAUCCUAGUAGGCUGCAAAGUGGAACAUGUUAUGUUGCUGAGUUUCCUCGUACAUGUUCUAAUGGAAGUCCUUUAUGCUUUUACCUCAUGCUCACUGCAACAUAGACCCUAACCUUCCUAAGAGGGUCUUGAAGACAUUUAGAGGUACUGGCAUAUCAAGAAGACUUCUGCAAUGCAAAAUGAAGGUUAUAAUCUUGCCAUAUGAAAA